CUGUAAUUUUAUUAAUUCCCCUUGUAAAUUACGAUGGCUUCUCUCAUCCGUUCCUCGCUGCGCACCUCGCUGCGUGCCAGCUCCUCAUCCGUUGCGCCCUUGACUUUCACCCGCGGCAAAGCUACCCUGCCCGACUUGACCUAUGACUAUGGAGCUCUGGAACCCUCCAUCUCCGGCAAGAUCAUGGAGCUGCACCACAAGAACCACCACCAAACCUAUGUCAACAGCUACAACACCGCCUUGGAACAGCUCCAGGAGGCCCAGGCCACCAACAAUAUUGCCGCUCAGAUCGCCCUCAAGCCUCUGAUCAACUUCCACGGGGGUGGCCACUUGAACCACUCUCUCUUCUGGGAGAACCUAGCUCCCAAGAGCGCUGGUGGUGGCGAGCCUCCGUCCGGUGCUUUGGCCAAGGCUAUCGAUGAGACCUUUGGCAGUCUUGAGAACCUCCAGGGCCAGGUGAACACUGCUCUUGCCGGUAUCCAGGGAAGUGGAUGGGCUUGGUUGGUCCAGGAUAAACAGACUGGUAAUCUUUCCGUCAAGACCUACGCUAACCAGGACCCUGUGGUCGGUCAGUUCAAGCCCCUCCUGGGUAUUGAUGCGUGGGAACACGCCUACUAUCUGCAAUACCAGAACCGCAAGGCCGAGUACUUCAAGGCGAUCUGGGAGGUGAUCAACUGGAAGGCCGCUGAGAAGCGUUUUUCGUAAAUGUAGCGUAAAUAGUGUG